ACACAUAAAAUAAAUUUGAACAAUUAGUACGUUAUUGGAUUAAAGCCUAAGCCCGCGUCGGCUUGUGAGUGGUUGGCUCGGUCGUGCCCCCAAACGCGCCCCCGCCCGGAGCUCUUUGCUGCUACUUCGCCUGCAGCUCGCAGGGCUCGCCGGUCAGCUGGGCGUCUCCGGCCGGCUGGUGCCGGAGCUCUCCGGCCUGUGCUAGCCUAACGACUGCCGCGCCGGGUGAAGCUGAGCCACUGCACGCUGAACAUUUAUCACUUUUUAAUAGCUAAUAUCUGAAAGCCCGAAACUAUCUUCUUGCGACAUUUGACAUUCGCAACCUUCUCCUGGGUUUAGAAGAAAACGAACUGACAGGCGUAAUGGCAGGAUCUGAACCUGAGCUUCAUAUAAAGACACCUCUUUUGGAGAGCAUUCCAAUGACGAAGAUCGCAGGAUGUCCAGUGUACAUCAAAUGUGACAACAUGCAACCUACGGCAUCCUUCAAAAUUAGGGGUAUUGGAAACAGAUGCAAGAAGGCUCUUGAAGCUGGAUACACAAGAAUCAUAAGUUCAUCAGGAGGAAAUGCCGGGUACGCUGCUGCAUAUGCUGCAAGACAACUUGGUAUGCCAGCAAUAGUUGUGGUUCCGGAGAGUACACCCAAAUUUAUGGCAGACAAAAUACGAGAUCUUGGAGCCAAUGUCAUUGUCCAUGGAAAAGUAUGGGACUAUGCUAACCAACAUGCUCUUCAAUUGGCAGAGGAAGAUCCUUCAGCAGUAGUCAUCCAUCCGUUUGAUCAUCCCGAUGUUUGGGAAGGGCAUGAGACUAUGAUUUUGGAAAUCCAAAACCAGCUUCAUGGUAAAAAACCUGACGUGGUUGUUACAUGCGUCGGGGGUGGAGGCCUGCUCUGCGGGGUCGUUCAGGGUCUUCAGAGGGUUGGAUGGAGUGAUGUUCCUGUAGUUGCCAUGGAAACAUUUGGUGCUGAAAGCUUCAAUGCUGCAGUGAAGGCUGGGAAACUUGUGACACUACCAGAUAUAACCAGUGUGGCUAAAUCGCUUGGUUCUCUGAGGGUAACUGAGCGUUGUUUAACCCUUAACAAAGAGCACAAUAUUCUUUCUGGUGUGGUUACUGAUCAAAGAGCCAUAGAUGCUUGCCUGCAUUUACUUGAUGACCAUCGUAUUUUGGUUGAGCCAGCGUGCGGGGCAGCCGCAUCUGCAGUCUACAGUGAUGUCCUAGGUGAGCUGAAGGCCGAGGGCAAAUUGCCCAAGAAGCUUGGCUGUGUGGUGGUCGUCGUGUGCGGUGGGGGCGCCAUCAAUCUUCAACAGUUGCUCAAAUUCAAGGAAGCCUGUAAUCUAUGAUUUGACUUACGUGUAUAUAUAGUGGGGGUGAUCAGGGCCCUGUCUUACAAAGAAUUGUGAUAGAUCCAAUCAAUCAUUACGAUGGUAAUCCAUCUUUGUAAUUCUUCAUACUGGAAAUGUAUACUAAGUCCAUUUGGAAAUACGGAGGAGCUGAUUGUCCAGUUAAUGAUAUAUGUAUGAGCAUAGAUCAUAUUCAGAAAAUAAUUUGAAUGGACAUAUGCAGUUAAGGCACUGGCUAUUCAUAGUUGAGAUCAAUUAGAUCAAAUCAAAACUGUUUGUAUGACAGGGUCCCUAUUGAAAUGUGUAUGUGCAACUAGUCUUUCAUGGCUUAUUUUCAAUAUACCAUUUAUUUUGCACAAAGUUGUAUAUCUGUUAUUCUGUAUGUACUGAGUUUAUAAGGGUUUAAUGAUGUGAUGGUUUUAAUACAAUGAAUAGAAAUAUUAUUGAUGUUUAAUCUUUUAAUUGGUAUAGACUCUUAAAUUUAUCACAACUUGAAAGAGACUUGUAUAGUAUUUCUGUUAAUGUCUAUCUAUGAGAGGUUUAAUGUCCAUACCUUCAACAUCCUAAAAUAAACACAUGCUAACGAUGCAUUUCACGAUCCAGAAUUUUUUUAAUGAACAGUUCUGUUCAACUUAAGAUAGGUAGGUAAUACAUGCUUUGCACAUUAUAUUUUGAAAAUUAGCUUUGACUUUGUUUGACAUUUGAAAGGUUGACUUGUGCAAUUAGUCUCAUUCCCUAUGUUAUUUUGUUAAGUACCCAUUGACACUUGAGGACCCCCCCCCCCCCUCCCCACCCCAAGUUUUAGCUGGCAGUGAAUUACAACAUUUAUUUCUCUUUCAGUGAUAGAGAGUACAGUAAUUUGAUCAUACAUACUUUUAAAUCUAAUAUUUUUGAAAUUAUAUUUAUGUAAAUAGAGAUUUUAUUCAGAUUUAGAAUUAUAAGUUGCCUUCAUCUCUUUCAUGAGCUACUUUACUUGUUUCCUGCUGAAAGGGAAAGUUCACCUUGACAGAAUGUUUAUUGUAAAAAUAGCAGAAGAAAUAAUAAAAAAAAUAUUGGCAAAGGUUUGAGGAAAAUCCAUCAAAGAAUAAAAAAGUUAUUAUAAUUUAAUUAUUUGAUUUGUGAAGUCAUAUGCGAGCUGGUUUCCUCCAUAUUGUAUAGUAAAAAAUCAAUAAGAUGUAAUUUUCUCAGAAAAUUGAAAAUGGUUUUUAUUGUACCUUCAGUAUAUCAAUACACAAAUCAUUUCACACCUGCUCCUAAGAAGAAAAUAAAAAGUAAGUCAUCACGAAUCAUUAAAAUAUGAAAUGUAUGCAUUGUAUAUUACAUAAUAUAUGCUCGUUUGUGACGUUACAAAUAAAAAACUUGAAAUUGUAACAACUUUCUUGAUAUUUAAUGGAUUUUCCUCAAACCUUCACCAAUAUUUUAUAUUGUUUUUCUGCUAUUUUUACAACAAAGUUUUUGUCAGGGUGAACUUCCCCUUUAAUUCAGUAAUUAAACUUAUUUAAUUCUAUGUUAUACUAAUGACUGACUGAAUCCUGUCUUGUGACUAGUCUGCAUACUUUGCCUAUUUGUGAAAGUAAUUUUCCAAUAGAACAAACCCAGGGCUACUUCUAUAUCCUAUAUGCAUUCCGGGCUUGUGAUUGUACUGGAAGAAUUAGAUCAUGUAUAUCAUGUGAUCAUGAUCUCAUGCUGAUGUAGGGACAACAAGGUCAAAGGUCGUAGAGGUCAUGAAUCAUUUCAAAGCCAAUAAAUCAAUUGAAAUUAAACUUAUUCUUGAAUGAAUCAUGAUUGAAUAUGGGAGUGAUAAUCUGAUUAAUCAUGUUUGAAAUUUUAAAAAGUUGAUAGAGUGCAGUAUUUUCCAGGUCUGGCAAGUUACAUUUGAAAAUCUACAUAAUGUAUUUUUUCUAUUAUCAUAAGGGGAGUGGUUGGCCCCCUUCAUCUUCAAUGGGGCAGGCCUUAUAUUAUAUGCAUCUUUGGAAUUAGCAUAUCAUGAUCAAAGAAAUUUGAAAUAUGUAUACAUUAUUAAUUAUACAUGGUGACCUCAGACCAAGUGUGUUAUUAUGUACUCUGAUGUGAAAUAAAGAUAUUUAUACACAUA